AUGCAGAUCUUCGUCAAAACUAUUGCUGACAAAACUAUAACUCUCGAAGUUGGAGAUAAUGAUUUUAUUGAGAACUUGAAGAAGAAGAUUGAAGAUAAAGAGGGAUUCCCGAUAGAAGAGCAGAGAUUGAUAUAUGGUGGCAGGCAGUUGGAAGAUGAUUGUACUUUCUCCAACUACAGCAUUCAAAAGGACUCCACCUUCCACUUGCUAUUGCGUCUCCGUGGUGGUGGUAUGCAAAUUUUUGUGAAGACCCUCUCCGGUAAAACAAUUACACUUGACGUUGAGCCAAGUGACACGAUAGAGAACGUGAAGGCGAAGAUUCAGGCUAAGGAGGGCAUCUCUCCACAACAUCAACGACUCGUUUUUGCUGGUAAACAGCUGGAAGAUGGACAUACCAUUACUGAAUACAAUAUCCUGAAGCAAUCGACUCUUCAUCUCUUUCUUUCCCUAAAAGGUGGCACUUUGUUCCAAAAACUUUAA